CGCGCCGCCCGUCGUCACACCUCCAUCGUCUCGCACGAAGUUCGCGCGUUCGUCGUCGCGUCUUCGCUCUUCUUCGCGCGCGAAUACCGAACGCGCGGUCUCGCGCGCGGAGUUCCGUCGCCGUCCUCGCGAGCGAACAAUGGCCGCAAUGUCGUCCGCCGCUCGCGUCCUUCCGGCGCGGCAGCCGUCGACGCGUAAACCGCCGGCGCAUAAAUCGCGCGCGUCGUCGACGAAGACCAGAGCGCUUCCGCGCGCGACCGUCGCCGCCAUCGCGGCUCCUCCCGCGGGCAAGGUCCGCUACGACCAAGUCGCCGCGAUCAACUUCGAGGGAACGUCCGGCACCGUCCACCUCCACCGCGUCGACUUCACGGACGGCUGGAAGACCAUCACCAUCAAGGUCGACGGCGUCGGCGCCGAAGGCUUGGAGCUCCACUGGGGGUGCGUGUACGACGGCGCGGAGGAUUGGGCGCCGCCGCCCGAGGAUGCGGUGCUGCCUGACGACACCCGCGGGUUCGGAGACGACAUCGCGUCGCGAUCGCCGUUCGUGAACGGCACCUGCGUCAUCUCCUUCCCGCCCGACGUCGGCGAAAACGUCGAACGCAUCGUCGGCAUCGUCGUCCGCGGCGAGGACUGGAUGCACGCGGAGAGCGGAGAUCUGAGCGUCCCGCUCAAGACGCCGUCUCAGGCGGGGGUGAUCAACAAGCUCGCGACCGCGGAGCGGCCGGGGCACGGGUCGCUGUACGAGCGCUUCUGCCGCGUGAACGACGCGCUCAACGAGUCAAUGCAGUCGGGCCCCGGCGGCGCCGCGGCGAUCGCCGCGGUGCUCCGCCUGUCCGCGAUCCGCCAGCUUCCGUGGUACGCGGGGGGGAACUACCAGGGGAAGGACAUGGCGCACAUGCAAGAGGUGGUGUGUCGUCGCAUCGCGGACGCGUCGGCGACGGCGGAGGAUGGAUUCGCGCGGCAGUUUUACCGGCUCGCGCUCGGGACGCUUCCGAGAGGCGGCGGCAACGGCGACGAGAUCAGGCUCGGGAUCCUUCAGAUCAUGCGCGAGAACGGGAUCAAAGAAGGGCACCGCCCGGGAAUCGAGGAUAAGUUCAUCGGGCAGUGGCACCAGAAGCUGCACAGCAACACAACCGUGGACGACGUCUACAUCUGCGAGGCGUACCUGCACUUCCUUCACACCGGCGACUGGAACGACUUCUGGACGCACCUGUACGAGAACCACGGCCUGACGAAGGAAGACCUCGCUGGGAUGAAAGCCGGGUGGAGGACCGAGGGGAUCCACGGCCCCGCGGAGCACCUGCCGCACAUGAUCGACACGUUCAAGCACUUUUUGUGGAUCUUGAAAAUCACCCACGGCGGCGGCAACUUGGACUCCGCGAUGGAUUUCGCGCACGGAAACAUGCCCGAAGACCUCGUGUACGAAGUCAGGGACAUGCUCGCGCACCGCGACGAGCCGUGGGUCCCGACGAAGCUCGUCGAGAUCCGCGAGCGCCUCAGCGGCGUGUGGAGGUACGGCGAACACCACAACCGCGACGUCGUCCUCCUCGACAUCGCGAUGGAAAAGUUUUACCGCCAAAAGAUCGAAGCGAUGGUGACGGCGAACAUGUCCCCGGACGAGAAGCUCGGGAUGCUCGAGAUGGCGUGCCGAAACGCGUGCGUCGGCCAGGACUUUGACCGCAUGCAGACCGCGCUCGCCUUCUUCCAAAAGGCGAACGGCGACGCGAGCGGCUUGACGCGGUGGUCGAAGGAGUGGGCCGUCGUGAUGGACGCCGCGUUGGAAUCCGUCUCGCUCGCGAUGGAGUGGUCUAUGGACGAGAUGUGCAAGAUCAUCCAAGGCCCCGCGACGAUGAUCGGCCAGUGCGCGGAGUGCGACCCGGCGUACAUUCAGAACUUUGGCGAGGAGAUCGUCCGCGGGCACUCCAUGUUCGCCGUCUCGAAGCUCCUCGGCGAGGUUCGCGGGUCCAUCAGAGAAGCCGCGGGCCGAUCGCCGUGGAUCAUCGUCAGCGUCGGCAAGCCCGAGCUGUCGCUCCACGCCGGCAAGGUCACGGUCACCGCGCUCGCGGACAUCCAGGGCCAGGACAUGUCCCGAACUCCCUCGGUGAUCAUGUCCGCGAAGCUCGGCGGUCUCGAGGACAUUCCCCCCGGAGUGACGGCGGUGCUCACGGCGGCGCCCGUGGACCUCCUGUCGCACAUCGCGAUCCGCGCGAGGCAGAUGGGCGUCCUCCUCGCGUGCAUGCCCGACAGCGGCGGCUGGGCGGAGCUCAUGUCGUACAGCGGCGCGGACGUCAAGUUCGACGUCAUCGGCGAGGAGAUCCUUGUGAAGAAGUCCGAGCUCGGGGACGCCGCGGCGGCGACCGUCGCGGGACCGGACAAGGGCGCCGCCAUCGUCGUCGACGUGACGCCCACCGUGGAGUCGGAGAAGUGGGUCGUCUCCGAGCAAGAGUACGCCGAGGGCGUCGUCGGCGGGAAGUCGCAGAUGCUCGCGAAGAUGUCCUUCUCCCCGACGUUGUCCUCCUACGCGAUGACCUCGCCCACGAUGGUAGGCAGCGACGUCAAGGUGCCCUCCUCGUGCGCGCUUCCGUUUGGCUCCUUCGACAAGGCGAUAAACGCCGACGAGGCGACGCUCGGGAAGCUCGCCCUGGCGGCCGCCGCGGUCGCCGCCGCGGACGACCACGGCGACGCGAAGCUCCGCAGGGACGCGCUCGAGAUCUUGCGCGAGAUUAUCCAGUUACAGCUCGCGAUGCCCGCGGAGCUCGCGACGGAGCUGACGCUCACGUCCAAGGCGUAUUGCGGCGGCGGCGUCGACGUUCGCGAGCUGUACGCGGCGAUUAAAAAAGUGUGGGCGUCGAAGUGGACCGAGCGCGCGUACUUAUCCCGCAAGUCGUGCGGCGUCGAGGAGGAGGAGCUCAAGAUGGCCGCGCUCAUCAUGGAGGUUGUCCCCGCGGACUACGCGUUCGUGAUUCACACCGCGAACCCGGUGAGCGGCGACCAGGGGGAGAUUUUCGGCGAGGUGUGCGUCGGCUUGGGCGAGGCGCUCGUCGGGAACGAGCCCGGGGGCGCGCUGUCUUUCACCGCGAAGAAGACCAAGGGGUGGCCCGCGACGAUACGCUCGCUUCCGUCCAAGCCGGUCGCGCACUUGGCGCCGGAGGGUAUCGGCACCAUCAUCGUCCGCUCGGACUCCAACGGCGAGGAUCUGGAAGGUUUCGCGGGCGCGGGUCUGUACGACUCGGUCACCGUGACGCCGACGACGACGAAGGUCGUCGACUACGCGGAGGAGCCGCUGAUUUGGGACACGGACGGCAAGCGGACGCGGAUGAUCGCGAAGCUGUCCGAGAUCGCGUGCGCGAUCGAGACCGAGAUGGGGGCGCCGCAGGACAUCGAGGGGUGCGUCGUGGGAGAGAACAUCUACAUCCUUCAGUCCCGCGCGCAGCAGUUGUGAUGAAGGGAAUUUAAUUCUCUAUCUCAACGCGCGAGAGAAGAGAGAUUGGAACGAGAGGGACAGAGCGACCGCCGCGGGUUUGUAUAGUGUCGCAACGAUGACGCAACGCUGCUUUUAAGUAAUAACACAAGUAAUAAC